UAUAAAACGCUAAAAAUGACAUGAAAUCCAAUAUGGCCGACUUCUGGGUGGGCGGAGCUAAUGAAACCCAAUGAGGAAUAUGUUUCAAAUGAUGAGUGGGAUAUGCAUACCAAAUUUCAUGAAUAUCAGAUCAACUUUAGAUUUCAACGCGAUAGGGGGCGCUAUGGAGCCCGCUGGCGAAAAUGUGUCAUUUGUGACUGACAGAAAAGAGGGUGAAGGAGUAGAUUUAGUUUCAGAGAGAAGAGGAGAGAAGAGGAGAGAAGAGCAGAGGAACCUCUGGCCCAACAGAUUACAACUCUCGUGCUGCUCCAACAUGGCUGAUCUGUUCUCUGAUCCAGAUUUAUGGCAAAAUCAAAGCGUCGUGUUCAACAUGACGGCUGCUAACACCAGCUCCGUUUACAUGUUUUCGCCGGUGGCGGACAAAGCCGUAAACAUACUAAUGAUAAUCAUCAUGUUCAUCACCAUGGUUUCAAUGGGAUGCACCGUGGAGGUGUCCAAGAUGAAGCACCACAUAGUGAAACCUAAAGGGGUGGCGAUAGCAGCGCUGUCCCAGUAUGGUAUCAUGCCUCUUACAGCCUUUUCCUUAGCUAAGGCGUUCCAGCUGACUGACAUAAUGGCUGUGGUGAUUCUGGUCUGUGGCUGCUGUCCUGGAGGAACCCUCUCCAACAUCUUUGCCCUGGCUCUGAAGGGCGACAUGAACCUCAGCAUUUUGAUGACGACCUGCUCCACGUUGCUGGCUCUGGUCAUGAUGCCUCUGCUGCUCUACAUCUACUGUCACGGCUUCAACCUGCAGAACUCCGUGCCCUACGUUAACAUCAUCAUAUCGCUGGUCUCGAUCCUCAUACCCUGCAGUGUCGGCAUCCUCAUCAACUACUACAGGCCGCAGUACUCAAAGACCAUCACAAAGGUAGGCCUCGCUUUCAUGAUGAUUGCCGUGGUGGUGAUCGGCACCAUUUCCAGCAUUGCAAUCGGAGCCUCCAUCCUGACAGUGCUGUCUCCUCCCCUCAUGGCCAUCGCUGCUCUCAUGCCCUUCAUAGGCUGCACCUUCGGAUACAUCAUCUCCUGGCUCUUCAGACUCAACCAAUCGGAGCGGAGGACCGUUUCUAUGGAAACAGGCUGUCAGAACACCCAGCUGUGCUCUACCAUUCUGAAACUGGCGUUUCCUUCGGAGGUCAUCAGCCCUAUGUUCCUGUUCUCCAUCGUCUACUUGUUCUUCCAGGUGAUGGAGGCGGCGCUGCUCAUCGUGCUGUUCAAGUGUCACCAAAGGUUCACUCUCAGAGAAAGAAGGUGAGACUGACACCAGGUGUUUAAAGGGUUAAUGUGGAGACGACAGGCCUUUUUAUUUUGGACUGAAAAAGUCAUUCAACCAUUUCAAUUAAUAAUUAAUUAAUCAAAGUUACUUAUGAAGCAAAAAUACAAACUAUAUUCUGGUUUCAGCGUCUCAAAUGUGAAGAUUUGUUGAUUUUCUGUUUUAAAUGAUUGUAAAUUGAAUAUAGUUUUGAAGAGUUGGUCUGACAAAACAAGCAUUUGUCACCUUGAGAAAGCGUGAUAGGCAUCUUUAUUUUCAGUCAGCUUGACAGUGACGUUUUUUAGACUAAAUGAUUAAUUGCCUGAUAAAAAAAUACUAC